UUAAAAUAAAACAUUUGAAAUCAAUUUAUAAUUAAAAAAUGAAAAAAGAAAUAUAAUUGAUAAAAACAGUAAAUAGUUAAAUUUUUCUAAAUAUUCACUUGAAGGUAGUGAUGUAAACAAACCGGGCUGCUCAAUAGUGUUGUAAACGAACUUAUCCUAAAUGAACCGUAUAUGUAUACGGCGUUCAUAUAAGGAACGGAAACAUUUUGAAUCGGCUGGGCUUGAUUUAUUUAUGACCCUACUUGAAGGUCUAACCUGUAAGGCUAGGCUUUCUCUUGGUACGCAAUUCUGUUACCGUACCAGAACGUAUCUUUUAGCCUCUGCUAUGCAAAAUCUCUCUUUUUCUGUAAUAUUAAAUUCCAGAACAGAAAACACCAAAAACGUUAUUUCUCAAUUGUCUCUUUCAAGAAACAGAAUGAAAUAAACAAAUAGCCUCACUCGGUCAAACUUCAAACUUCAAACAUAUCUGCUACCCACCAAAUCCCCUCGCUCAAAUUUCUUCCGUCUCUCUCUUCGAAAAACACUUGGACUUGUUUCACCUCAAUUUUUCAAAUGGAGCCACCGCUUUCAGCGACUGAAAUCAGGAGAAUUAAACUGUCAAAAAUGCAGCGUCCUCCACCACCACCAGGGCGCAAGUUAGCUGCGCCGUCCAAGGUUAAAGCACCUCCGUAUGAUCAAGCAAAGCUAGCCGCAAUAGCUAUGGAUUUAAAUAUAAGACUCAGAUCAGCUGAAAUGCCCGGCGCUAUGCAGGAGCGUGCUUUCCGGUGCACCAGAGCAAUUCUUGACGCUAAUCUCGAUAACAAAGCGACUCCUACGCUCAUUGCAAUGCGUCUGAAGAAGGAGUUUGAUGCAGUGUAUGGACCGGCGUGGCACUGUAUCGUCGGGAAGAGUUUUGGAUCGUUUGUGACUCAUUCAAGCGGUGGAUUUGUGUAUUUCUCGGUGGAUAAGCUGUCGUUUCUUCUGUUUAAAACGGAGGUUAAGCCGGUGAAAAGGUCGCCUCGUCUUCCUCCUCUGCUCAAGCUUAAUAUUAAUCAGUGAUUCAACUUCUUGUUGUGUAAUGUGAAUUAGGGUUGCAAUUUGAUUCUAAAUUGGAAUGUUACGAAUUUUGAUAAAUUAUGGAAUAUACAUAAUGGAAUUGGAAUUGGAA